GUUGUAAGGUUGUCUAUCGGAAUGACCUUACAGUCUUUGCACAGACCUCUAUCGACCUUCCUCAGGAGUAAAAAGUCUAUCUGAGUCUUAGCCACCGAACUAUGGAAUGUUACCAAGUGGUCUUCCUUCUUUGGGAAACUCGAAUUGGCUAUGACCAACCCAAAAGCUCUUGCGAAUUCCAAAAGUGAAAGGCCUCCUACAUUUCUGACCCCGUAGCCAAAGCCUCCAUGCACAUCAUCAUACCCUCCUGAAAUAGACCCGAUGUGCCCAUUGAAAUUCCCUCCCACGAAAAGCUUCUCAGUAGGUGGUAUACCUCCCACUAACUCGUCCAAAUCCUCCCAAAAGAAACUAGAAGGCAAAGUGGCGCUGAUCACAGGAGCAGCAAGUGGAAUCGGAAAAGAAACUGCCGCGAAAUUCAUUAACAACGGUGCCAAAGUCAUAAUAGCAGAUGUACAAAAGCAGCUCGGCCAAGAGACGGCUUCCGAGCUCGGACCUAACGCCUCCUUUAUGGUCUGCGAUGUCACAAAAGAAUCCGACGUCUCCAAUGCGGUGGAUUUCACCGUGUCCAGCCACGGACAACUCGACAUUAUGUACAACAAUGCAGGUAUUGCUUGUCGUACCCCACGGAACAUAGCCGAUCUUGACCUCGAUACAUUCGACCGGGUCAUGGCUAUCAACGUCCGAGGGGUGAUAGCAGGAAUUAAGCACGCGGCUCGGGUGAUGAUCCCACGGAAAACUGGUUCCAUAUUGUGCACAGCUAGCGUCACGGGGGUGAUAGGAGGUCUAGCUCAGCCCACAUAUUCGACAACCAAAUCCUGCGUGAUCGGAAUCAUGAGAUCCGUAACAGCAGAACUAUGCCAGCACGGAAUCAGAAUCAAUUGCGUAUCGCCCUUUGCAAUUCCAACCUCGUUCUAUAUGGAUGAGAUGAAAAUGUACUACCCGGAAGUGGAAUCUGAAGUUCUUGUUAAUAUGUUACAUCGCACGAGUGAGUUGAAAGGAGCCUACUGUGAGCCAAUUGAUGUGGCUAAUGCUGCUCUGUUUUUGGCUAGUGAUGAUGCCAAGUAUGUUAGUGGCCACAAUUUAGUGAUAGAUGGAGGUUUCACAUCCUAUAAAAGUUUAAACUUCCCCAUGUCUGAUCUAGAAUAGUACACCUUCCAUCGUUUCAAUUAAAGUGUGUUAAUUUGAUUGGACACAAAGUUUAAUAAAUAAAUAAGAAAUUUUUGAAUUUUGUGAUUUUAAAUUAAAAA